AUGGAGGAGGAGGAGGAUGAGGAUGAGGAUGAGGAUGAGGAUGAGGAGGAGGAGGAGGAGGAGGAGGAGGAGGAGGAAAACAACCAGCUGGCCUUCCUGGAUGUCCUCGUCUGCCGCAAAGCUUGUGGUGGCCUAAAAACCAAAAUGUUCAGGAAAGCGGCAAAUACGACGCAAAAGCCGAGCUUUAACAGUAACGACCCGAUCAGUCACAAAGGCAGUUGCGUAAGGGCGCUAUACGGGCGCGUUGAGACGCACUGCAGUGAAAUGGUAGACUAGGUUGCUGAAAUACAAUAUCUUCGACGGGUGCUGAGAGCCAAUGGCUACUCGCGCAACUUUGUCAACCAGUGCACAUGAAGACGACACCAUAGACCAAAUUCAACGGGACCCAAAUUUUGGCGGGCUCUUCCGUGCGUGAAGAAGGUCUCGGAAGCUGUCAGUCGUCUUCUCACUCCACUUGGAGUUUGGGUCGCACACAAGCCGGAAGCAACCAUCAGGCGUCAAUUCAUGCGGCCGAAAGACCCACUGCUACGAAGGAAACGUCUGAAGCCGUUUACCAGAUCGGGUGCAGUUAAAGGACAAAGCAACUACGUCGGAGAAACUGGGAGAUUACUCCGUACGCGAAUUGCCGAGCACACAGCAGCAGGGAGGCGGGGAGACGUAACUCUCAGGUGGCGGCUCAUUCGACGGGACCCCACAAUAUUUUAAAGUUUCAAGAGGCCGAAAUCCUCGCAAGGAGUGACAACCACGUGAGCCGCGAGCUGCUCGAGUCGGGAUUCUCAGGCCUACAAUCCAUCAACAAGCGCAAUGACCUCUCGUUACCAUAUUCCGUGAUGAGAUUUUCCUGGAAAGGCGAAUCAGUCACGGGGGUAGGGCGCGGGCAACAAAUUAACCCAGUGACAGUGAGCUAGUUUGCCGAGCAAUCCACACACCAGCAUCCAACACGGCAAUUAACGACUCGGACGCGGACUGAAAGGCUAUCAUCGCAACAACUACGACCCCGCGGUGAUUGCGGGAGCUGUAAGUUACAGUGCGCAUGUGGUCCCACGGCAGCCACGCGCCAUAAAUACUGCACUCCUUGUGCCGCCAUUACCCUUAUCUGCGACUGUCUCUGGUGAUGGUUUCGAGUGAGAAUCCGAAAGGUCAUUCCACUAACUGUCUUGUUCUAGUGGUCGCAUCUUCAUCGCCCGAACUACUAACUGGAACUCGCCUGUUCGCAUCUAUCACUAUUGGUUUUUAUCAGGUGGAGCCACAUGCAGUGCGUGAUCGAUCUCAUGAAAUGUUGGCCAACAUUCUGAAAUGCGUUUUCGGCCAGGAAGGAUUAUUUAUGUGGGGUUGUAAUACUGAUUACCUUGCGGCAUAAUUCCAUAACAUUUGGAGGUGUCCAGGAUGCUGGUUUUUUUAACGCACUUCUUUUCAAUCUCCCAUAGAAACCUUGCUCUGUAAAAAAAUGACGACUUAAGUAACAUGCAUUUUCACGCCGAUUUUAGAUGGUCUUAUAAACUUAAAAUAUAGUUUAUGAAAAACAUGGGCGAAAAUAUACUUUUUACACUCGUUCGAUAGACGAUCACGUCAUUUUCACAAUUUUUUUCAAAGAAAGAUUAUUAUUAGGUUUAAAAAUUUUUUUCUGAUUCCCAAAUAAUUUGGGACCUGAUCAGCUGUAGCAUUAGCGCCUAGUGAUUUCAUUCUACAAGCUGCAUGCCUUCCGCGUACGGAAAAUAUUAUAUUUUUCCAUGCUUUUAAGAAGAUGGCAUAUUGAGUUCAUAAAAGUUUACAAUGGAUACCGACUGUGUAGCACAUUUCAUGAGGAACAGUGGUAAACGGACAGGUACAAUGCUGUAUUAACAGGUGCAAUGAUCUUCCCAUUCAAUACUUCGUGCUGAGACUUCCCCUAGGCGAAGUAAUUGGCCACGCGGGGAGCGCACAGAUGAAAACUCUUCCCAACACCCGGGUCAGCGCAUCAGAUAGUCGAGCAAUCAUCACACCAACAUCCAACGCAUUUGGUGAAAUUGCAGCAAUUAACGACGCGAAUGUCGGCCAUCACGCCACGUGCAACGAUCCCUGAUGAAGGGGGGGGGAGGGAGCCAAGAUUAUUCAUAGGUAUGCGGUAGCAUGGCUACUGCAUCCUGUAAAUACUGCAGCUGCAUAUGCGUGAACCACCCUUAUCUGCGUUUGUCUCUGAUGAUGGAUUCAAGCAGGAAUCCGAAACGUCAGGCUAAUAAAGCUCUUGUCUCGGCGAUCGUGUCUUCUUCUUCAAGACUGCUUUCUGGGACUCGUGUUUUCGUUUCUAUUCACAAUGCUGUAUGAUCAGACAUAUCUACAUAUGAAGGCGAAAUUUCGAGUUCCAGGUGUAUACAUAUUUGAAGAAGAAGAAGAACAGUCGAGCACCGGAACAAUUCGUUCUUCAAACGGAUCCAAACUCAUUGCAGCAAACUGGAAGACAGAGCGCGUGAGGCCCGUUAUCUCCGCGACCAGUUUGUGCAAAAUGGCUAUCCGAGGGCAUUCAUAAGUCGCUGCCUACGCGGUCGCCACCAGAGAACUCAAACAUCAACGCCACCGACGAUAUGGCAUGCUCUGCCAUACAUCAAGGGUGUUUCAGAAGCGACCGAGCGCAUUGCUGCGGAGCUAGGGGUUGGAAUCGCACACCGCCCCAAAGCCACCAUGCGCAACAGGGUCAUGAAGAUCAAAGACCGGUUAAAACCUGAAGAGCAAUCUGGAGUAGUGUAUCGCAUUCCGUGUCAAAAUUGUCCUUGUAAUUACACAGGACAGACUGGACGCAUGCUCGGAUCGCGCAUACAUGAACAUAAGCUGGCUGUGCGGCGAGGCGACGCAUUGUCACAAGUGGCCGCCCACACCUACGAAAUGGGUCACGAGUUUGACUUCGCUGCCACCAAAAUAGUCGCCCACGCCGGAAACAAAACAGGCCGAGAAUUGAUUGAAGCCUGGGCCUCGGAUGAGAACUCGGUCAAUCGAUUUAUCGAUCUGGCGCCGGCGUACAGAGCCCUUCGUAGUCACCUCCAGUCGUGUGACGUCGGUCGAUGA